ACUGUAACUCACUCCUGUAUGGCUGUGUCCUCCGCGCACAUAUCCAUGCGGUUCUGUAAAGUCUGUCACACUUGACAUGAAGGGUAGUAGGUGUCCUCUUCCAUUAUUUUUCCCUUUAGUUUUCUCCACCCACCUUACCAUCAACUCUGAGCAGCUUCCUCCAUCCCAGCUAAAGGAAUGCCUCCCCACAGCUUGAUGCUGCCACCGUCAUCUUUCACUGGCGGCACACUGAUGGCGACCAGUGUCCUGUGUCGCCGGCUCCGCUCCCUCCCCGGCUGGAGAAACAGUCUCCGCCAAGCUCAGCACGUUCACACCAAACCAAGGGAAGAGAUAAGCGACCAGGAGGAAAACAAAGUUUCAGAACACCAGGACGUUUCUUUCCGGGGUGGAUACAGACUGCAUUACAAUCCCUCGUCAUAUCGCCGCUGUACGAGAAACUCUGCUGGUUCUGAAUGUCAGUCGGAUAAAGACGAUGAAGACGAGCGAUGUUUCAGAGCUCAAGCGCCUCCCUUUUGGCAACAGAGCAACCGGUACAGCGUGAGUUGCUCGCGGCACCUCUCCAGCUCAAACAAUACGCUUCUCGAUCUAGCGUUUAACAAAGCUUCUGAAUCUCGGACCCCAUCUGCGCUGUCCUCCAACAGUGAGCCAGUUGCUCCAGAUGUUAAAGUCGACCCACGAGCCUUCCUUAAAUGCAGACCAGAGUACGCUUCCCUGUCCCUCGACCUCACCCAGAGACCCGACCCAGUAGAAUGGGUAGACGUGUUGCCGCUACUUCAAAAAGUGUCUGUUUUGAGGGACAGGAUGAAGCCGUCUGAUGUGUCGCGGCUUCUCGUGGAGCUCAGCAAGUUGCAUCCAGACAGGAUGCCUUUGCUGAGAAGUGACCACCGCUUCAGCAUGCUCCUCCAGUAUUCUGUGGAGCACCUCGGCGUCUUCUCUGAGCUACAGCUGCUGGAGGUGUUGCAGUCCUUUGUGUGGCUGGAGAUACCCUCGUCCCACAGCAUGCUCGAGGAGUACGAAGCCGAACUGCUCCGACGGGCCAACCAGCUGACUUUACAUCAGCUGUUACUAGCCGCUGACUUGUGGCGCUGUAUUGGGAAGCGGGUGCCGCAGUUUUUGCAGCGCUUCUAUGUCUCGGCUCACCAUCAUGUGGGGCAAUUAGGAGUCCCUGAGUUGGUGCACCUGCUUUAUAUAAUCGGAGAAGGAAGGGACUGUCCAAAAGACUUGAUCCGUCCUGUAGAGCAACUUCUCAUGCGUUAUUUAGCACAACUGUAUCCUGAAGAGGUUGGGACUGUAUGUCUGGGACUCUUUAAAUCCCAAACUUCACUGUCAGAAGGCGCAGUCACUCGCAUUGUCGAUAAGGCACUCUCCUUUGUGACCGACAUGGGUGACUUUGCAAUGGUGAAUGUGCUGAAAUACAUGCGUUUCAGUUAUCUUUAUCACAAGACGUGGCUGGAGGCCAUGGCGCAGGAAGUUCCCCGACGAGCCCCCCAGAUGGGAGUCCCGAGCCUGAUGCAUGUGACUUUAACUUGUUCAGCUCUUCAUUACCGCAACGUCAGCAUCCUGGCUUCGGUUGCGGAGAGAGUCCCCGCUCUAGUGCCCCAUUGCAGGAGUAAAGACUCUAGCAAACUCCUGUGGGGCUUUGGCACCUUAGGGUUUCUUCCAGCUCAGUGUCCGGGUUUCUAUCCGAGCCUGACAGAGGCCAUGAGGCAGAGGAAAGCAGAGUUCCAUCGAUUCCCCGAACACCUGCUGACUGGCCUCCUAGGUUUGGCCUUUGUGUCCGAGUUCCCAGAGGACCUUGUUGCAUUAGCUCUAAGCCCCGAGUUUGUCGACUUGGCGCUGAGAAACUCCAAGCUGGAGCUGAAGAAAGACUUGUUCACCCUGGAUGCUGCUGUGGCUCUGGAGCUGCCUCAGUGGAAAGGCCCGAGGCUCGGUAGCGAACUCAGGGAAGAGGUGGCGGAAAUGCUGUGGAAGUUUGCGCAGUCGGAAGUUUGCCUGAAACCAGAGGUCUUGGAGGCGGAGUCGGCUCUUCAGGAUCUUCUCGGAGGAGACAAAUUUGUAUGCAAGAAGAUGAUCCUGCCUCACACUCGCUCCAUCGACCUGGAAGUACAUCUUGACUCCAACGGACAGCCGGUCCCCGUGGACCUACUGUGUCCAAAACAGAGUCCCACCGUGAUUCCUUCUCUCCAAAGCUGGGAGAAAAUGAACCUAGGAGUAACUAUCACUGACAAACUUUUAGCACAGUUAUUAAAAGGCAAAAACUCAACCGAUUCUUUAGAUUCCUCUGUCAGAGUUACAGCCACACCGCGCCAAAGGCUGCCACCUGACGAAGGUGGGAGACUGUUUGACUCCGUUCUCGAUCUGACCAAUGACAUGAUAGAAACCCUCACCAAACCCAGCCGCAGAGGCUCCACUCACCAGGACCCCAGUCACCAAGGCCCUAUAAAACUCGCCGUCCAGAUCUCGAGCCGGAACCACUACUGCAUACAUUCCCAGCAGCUGUUGGGGCUUCACGCCAUGAAGAGGCGGCACUUAAAGAUGGCGGGAUACAGGGUGGUAGAGUUGGGCCAUCAGGAGUGGUCUUUGACGCUGAGGAAAAGCAGGGCGGAGAAGCUGUCGUAUCUGCACUGCAAAAUCUACGACAGUCUGUGAGAGCUAUCAAAUCGAACGGUAUUGCAAAAAUGUUUACGGCUCCUUUGCAUUCUGGAUUAACGAGUAUGCGCAAAGCACAGAAACAUCUCCUGGGUGGAUUUGUUAAUUCCUCUGUUUGUUUUGUGCGAGCAAUGGAUUUCUACACUGUAUUCACCACUCUUAGAAUGUCAGAGUUUUGCAACAUGAUGCGAUGAGACCAUGAAAAACGAAUAAAAACUUUUUUCUGACCUUUAAUGUGACGUAUAUCCCAUCAAAUUAAUUUAGAAAAAGAAUAUCAGGGAAAGAAGUGUCAAAAUACAAGAACUACCUUAACUUGUUUUACAGUUAAGGUAAUAGUUUGCUAAUAUGCAUUUUCAUUCAAAAACAGAUUAUAUUUCAUGCUUCAUGUACUGUAUGUAUGAAAUGGUGACCCCAACAAAUGCAUGUCAGGUUUCAUUUAAACCAAUUUUAGAAUAUUUUGUCCAAAAUAUCUUUUCCGAAAGAAAAGGUGUCUGUUUUGGAACCGUACUCCUUAUGCUAGACAUAAACAAUAUGGGGGGCAUUAUAGUACUUUUUAGGAUCUUCCUGCAGCUUUAGUGCUGCUGCCAUGUCCAAUGUCUGCGUUGUUUCUCCAGUUUUGGAAUAAUGUAAGAGUUACACAUUUUCUCCAAGUAAUGCUGACUGUUCCUGCUGCCAUACAAUAGGGUUUUGUUCUGUAUCCUCAAUUAGAUGAUGUUUAUGCUCUAAAACCUCUCAUCAUGGUUUUAGCCAAAAGAUGCAUUAAGAACAUUUCAGGUACACUUGAACUUUAUUUAUUUUCUAUUCUUCUAAUCAAAAAUCAUCAUGAGCUCAAGAAAACUGAAUGACUACAAUUGAAUCCAAAUGUGCAUAAAUAAUUUGUGGGGUGUGCACAGUUAUUAUUUUUUUUUUUCAGUUGAAUUUUACAGAAUAUCAGAUUAAAGGGGGAAAGUGUAAAAUUAUUGAAUUGAGAUGAGUAUAAAGGAAGACAUUUUUCUACACCACAUAAACCUGACAGUUCACUGCGUCUGUACUUCUGAGAUCUGUUGUAUGCUUUGAAAAAUAUUUUGUGAUUUACUUCUUUGGCUGCCAAUGUUUUAGAUGGGUCUGUUUUAUUCAGCAUUUUGAUAUUUUAGUCAUUUUAGAGUCAACUGCAGUGCAAAUGUAUAGUAUUAUGGCUAUGGAGAUUAUCAUCUUCAUAUAUUUUAUUUUUUAUUAUGUUCAGACUCGAGGAAUAAAAAUGCUGCUGAAAUCAAA